AUGCCUGAACUAGAAGUGCCAGGUGCAUGUCUCCACUACGAGAUCCACGGCAAAGGGCCCCUCUUUCUCUGCAUCAGCGGUGGCACAGGCAGUCUUGAGAUUUACUCGCAGCUGGCACAGCACCUUAAGCAGCACUUCACGGUUGCCACAUACGACCGUCGAGGCUUCUCGCGAAGUGUGCUCGUUGGUAGUCAGGACUAUGAGCACCGACUUGAGACAGACGCAGAUGAUGUGGCACUUCUGAUCAAACACCUUUCACCAGAUAAACCCGCAUUCGUUCUAGGUAACAGCUCUGGAGCCGUCGUGGCUCUCGAAGCCCUCAUUCGACAUUCCGAUGUCGUCGAUAAAGUACUGGUUCAAGAGCCACCACUGAUCAGCGUCCUACCUGACUUCCACGCCGUGCAGGGGAAGGUUCAACAAGUGCACCAGAUCUAUCGCAAGAAUGGUGUUGCACCGGCUAUGGAGCAAUUCGCCUCCAUGACCAAGUCCGGCGCCGAGACAGCUGCUCUACUGGCAGCAUUUGACCCAAAAGUCGGUGGACCGUAUACUUCUGGCAACGUAAUGUACUGGCUUGAACGCGAGUUUCUUCCUUAUCCGACCCACGACAUCGAUAUGGAAGUUCUGAAGAAGCACAAAGGCAAAUUGAUGCUGCUAAACUGUGAGGGUACGCAUCGCGAAGCUCUCCACUAUCGGGCGAAUGUUGUGCUGGCUGAAAGGCUUGACUUGGAGUUGGAUGUCAUGCCGGGGGGACAUGUUGGCUUUGCAUACAUGCCGGAACAGUGGGCACGGAGACUGGUCGAGAUUGUGAUAGGAAGCUGA